AUGUUGACCAAAUUUGGAGCUGCACUUAGAAUCUGGAAUCCCAAAGCAAUGCGACCUGAGCCUUCAGAAAGCAUCUUCUCCGACUUCAUUGUCAACACUCGACUACUCAGUCUCAUGCUAGGAGCAACCACCACUAGUGCAACAACUACUACCUCUUCCAUGACCCUACUUUUAUCCCAAGAGACAAGCCCUCUAACACCAUACAUCAUGUCUAUCAACGAGUCUGCUUCGGCACCUCAAUCAUUCACACCAGGCCAAUGUCUCUUUUGUUCUUCUGUCUACCCGACACUAGCCGAAAGCAUCAUUCACAUGCAGACUUCACAUGGCCUCUUCGUUCCUUACAAGCAGCACCUCUUGGUAGAUCUCGAGACACUUUUGAGGUAUCUUCACCUUGUUAUUUAUGAGUAUCGAGAAUGCAUACAUUGCGGGACAAGCAGAACAACUAUACAGGCCGUGCAGCAGCAUAUGAUGGGUAAAGGCCAUUGCAAGUUCGACGUGUCAGAUGGAUCAGAAUUUGGCGACUUUUACGACUUUUCGCGCCAAGAUCUUGAUACAGAAAACGACGCAUUGAGCAAAGACGACGACGAGGAGUCUGAGAGCGAAGAGGUCAAACCCGAUCAGAAGCCGGUGCAGACUGAUCGCGAUUCCAUCCGUCUGCCUUCCGGCCGACUCAUCUCCAAAAAGUCAUCAGCGCAAGUUGAGCCAUCAAUCUACCAAGCACGCCACCGCAAGCGGACUCCCAGGUCUCAGCUCGAGUAUUCCUCUGUCGAGGUUGAUGAGGAAGCUCCUAUGCACGAGGAGAAUGAACCUGGUACUUCCGACACCAGGCUUUCAUCGAGACGAGAAAGGCGGCAGAAGGCUACGGUUACAUACCAACUCGGAAACCUGAGUGCCGGCGACCGGAGUGCUUUGAUGCACCUAUCUGCAUCUGAGCAACGUUCACUCAUCGCCACUCAGCAUCGAUUUACGGAAAAGGUUCAGAAGGAGGAGAGUCGGAGACAGCGAAGGAUUGACCGCAAGGGGAACAAGAACUUGUAUGCUUAUUGGAAUACGGAAACUCCUGUUUAUCAGUGUGGAUAG